AUGGAUCAAAUCGCAGACACAAGCAAACGUGCGCGCGCAGCUGAUGAAGAAGUCGGCUCCCUCCUGUUCAAGAAGCGCAAACCCGAGACCGAACCAGCAACGCGGACGCCAGACCUCCCACGGCUUCCUCCCGCUCAAUCCGCGCCGCCAUCAAGCAGCAUACCCAAGAGUUCAAUCUUAAGUUACUUCAAGCCAUGCCGGUCAAGCUCGGCCACUGAAGCCUCCGACCCCUUGUCCGACUCGGAAAAGCUGGUCAACACCCCGCCUUCAUCGCCUCCCGUUUUCAGAAAGAUCAAGGAACCUCGCCGUCUGAGGCUUCGACACAGCACGCCACUGUCACAUUCGUCGGACCCUUUGGAGGAUGAGAAGGACGAGAACGAAGACGGUUGUAUCGUCGUUGGACAAAAAUCAUUCCACACUCGCAGGACGAGGGCACGAGGCGCCCCAGAGCUGCAAGACGCCGGCGAGAGCAAACUAAACCAGCUUGCCGACCUCGGAAAGAUCGAAUCCCAGGCUAGGCUGAAGAAACCUGCCUCCCGAACAAAGCCUGUUCCGACUGUCCAGACGACCAUCAACCUCUCUUCGAAACCUACUUUUAUGGAGUGCAAGACGUGCCGGAUCGUGUACAACCCGCUGCACCCGGCAGACGUAAAAUAUCACUCUCAACGGCACGCAGCCUUCCUUCGGGGCAGGGCGAAGAAAGCAUGA